AUGGCGACCACUUCUCUUGAUGCUGCUGAGUGGGAGGAGAUACUUGGCAACAUCGUCGCUUCUCAGAGAUUAGCGUUCCUCGCCGUCGCCAGCUUCACGCUAAUCGUCUAUGAUUACUUCGUCACUUUUGGUCAGGAAGUCAAAUACUUCUGGACGGGGCCGUGGUCGCUGUCCCGUGUCUUGUUCUUAUUGAAUCGUUACUUAUGCCCGGCCGUCUUGAUGGUCGGCCUACCAUUCUCGGCAUUGAUUUACCAUACGCUUAGUAAGAGGGUGAUUCUAGUUCGCAUUUGCUGUAUCGCUGAGGUAUCGAUUGAACCAACCAGCUGCGAAGGCGGCAUUCGCGCUAUGUUCAUCAUGGAAUAUGUUGCUCUCAGCGUCAUCCAAGGCAUCAUCGUGUUGCGUAUAUGGUACAUGUUCGCGGAGAGGCCUAUCGCACGUCUCCUAGUCGUCUGCGCGUACCUCACGGCCAUCGUCGUUACGGCUGCAGAGAUGGGCAUCCUCUUCGCAAGCAUCGUACCAAUAAAGUACAACAUACCAGGUGUCGUCUACCACCACUGUACGGCGCCACCUGUGGCGAAGAUCUGGCGACUAUACCUGCCGAACUUUAUCUUGCACACGAUUCUCUUUGUGGCGACCACAUGGCCAAUACUCCAACAACGAAGUUCUACCUCACCAUUGAUGAUCCGCCUUGUCAGAGACGGGGGUAUCUUCUACGUCGCUGUGUUCGCCGCCUCAGCAUUUACGACCGUAGGGUCAUUGCGACCAAAUGAUCCCGCCGUCAUCCUUCCCGCCGUGUUCUCCAACUUCCUCCUCGCCCUCUCCUCCGUCUCCGUCUCGCGGCUGAUCUUCAGUAUCCGCUCGCUCGCCGCGGCGCUCUCGAUGGACUCCAUCACGCUGCUCAGCACCGCGGAGCUCAGCCGCAUUCGCUGGAAGCAGGGUGCGCACGACGGCGAGCUCAUCGUCGAGAUCGACACCGUCGAGGAGGACGAGCACGAGAUGGGCGACCUCUACAGCCCGCAGCACAUCCCGCACACGCCGCGCCCGUACACGACCAGGGUCGGCGUGUACAAUGACGAGCUACUGCCGGGGUUCCAUAAGCUAGCAUCGGAGAAGACGAGGAAAAAUAGGUCUUCGAGGGUGGUCCGGGCAGCUUCUAUGACUCCCGCCCAUUGA